CUAGGAAGGAAUUUGGGGGGGUUGAUUCUCAAGGAGGGAGCUAGCGAUGCGCUUGUGAUUGCUUCUGCUGCUGCUGGAUGAGUGAGAGGCAGGGCCGUGCAGAACUCCCAGCCUCAGCCACUCUCUGCUUCUCCCUGGCUCUCUCCAAGUCACUUUCACGAGACUGGAUUUUACAAGCGACCACCUCUCUUUCUCCCACUCCGAUUUUUUUUUUCUUCUUCUUCCUCUCCCUCUUUGUGAGCAUCAAUCCUAGACUCAAGGAAUUGCAAUGAGGAGGAAAACCAUCUUGUUUGAUUGUCUUUGGGCCUGGACAGUUAUUUUAAACACAUUAACAGAAAUAAGUUGUGGACAAAGCACAGAGGAUGAGAUUAGAGACAAUACCACAGUGUUCACAAGGAUCCUGGAUCGUCUCCUAGAUGGCUAUGAUAACCGCUUAAGACCGGGAUUGGGAGAGCGUGUAACUGAAGUGAACACAGACAUCUUCGUCACCAGCUUUGGACCAGUUUCCGAUCAUGAUAUGGAAUACACAAUUGAUGUAUUUUUUCGACAAGGCUGGAGAGAUGAAAGACUCAAAUUCAAGGGUCCUAUGACAGUCCUCCGUCUUAAUAAUUUAAUGGCAAGUAAGAUAUGGACACCAGAUACAUUUUUUCACAAUGGAAAGAAGUCAGUGGCCCAUAAUAUGACCAUGCCAAACAAACUCUUACGGAUAACAGAAGAUGGAACUCUGCUUUAUACAAUGAGACUGACUGUGCGAGCAGAAUGUCCAAUGCAUUUAGAAGAUUUUCCCAUGGAUGCUCAUGCCUGCCCCUUAAAAUUUGGCAGCUAUGCUUACACAAGGGCUGAAGUCGUGUAUAGUUGGACCCGGGAACCAGCGCUGUCUGUUGUCGUUGCUGAAGAUGGCUCUCGGUUAAAUCAAUACGAUCUCCUAGGUCAAACGGUGGCAUCUGGAAUUGUUCAAUCUAGCACAGGUGAAUAUGUUGUCAUGACAACCCACUUUCACUUAAAAAGAAAGAUUGGAUACUUCGUAAUUCAAACCUACCUGCCAUGCAUUAUGACAGUCAUACUAUCCCAGGUGUCUUUCUGGCUCAACAGAGAGUCUGUUCCUGCAAGAACUGUGUUUGGUGUAACAACAGUACUUACCAUGACCACACUGAGCAUCAGCGCAAGAAAUUCUCUGCCGAAAGUAGCUUAUGCCACUGCCAUGGACUGGUUUAUAGCAGUGUGCUAUGCAUUUGUAUUUUCAGCUUUGAUUGAAUUUGCAACUGUGAACUAUUUUACAAAGCGAGGGUAUGCAUGGGAUGGAAAAAGUGUAGUUCCAGAGAAGCCAAAAAAGGUAAAGGAUCCUCUCAUAAAGAAGAACAACACAUAUGCUUCAGCAACAGCCAACUACCCACCCAUAGCCAGAGACCCUGGUUUGGCAACCAUUGCUAAAAGUGCAAUCUUAGAACCAAAAGAUAUGGAACCAAAACCAAAACCUGCAGAGCCCAAGAAAACAUUCAACAGUGUGAGCAAAAUUGACCGGCUAUCAAGAAUAGCUUUUCCUCUUUUAUUUGGGACCUUUAACUUAGUCUACUGGGCAACAUAUCUAAAUCGGGAACCAGCAAUCAAACCAUCAGCACCACCUCAAUAACCAAUCAAAUCAUAUUUCAUGUUCUGUCUUUUGCACUGGGAAUUGCUUCCAGUAUUUGAAACGGAAAAUUCCUAUUUGCCAUAUUACCUCUGUCUUAAGGAAUUUGAAGGUUUGCUUAUGAAACAUAGUAAAAAAAAAGUAAAUAAAUAAAAGAGGCCACUGCUUGAUGCCACGGUACAAAUAUGUUGUGUGUCCAAUAAAAGAGGUAUCUGUGGUUCCUGAACUGGACAUGUGAAACUAGACAAGAGUUUAUUCAGUAGCAUGUCAGUGAAAUACCUAGCAGAUAGAGAUGUGCCCUGUUUACCAUAUCUACAGUUUAUAUUUUGCAGGGACAUAUGUUAUAUAUUUAGAAUAUGACAGUAAUAUACUGUAAAUACAGGAACUCCAUGUAGUAAACACUACUGUAAGAGUAGUAAGUAACGCUUAGAUUCAAUGCAAAUGUAUGUUGUACUAGUGAAAAGGGUUGAUGGCUUUCUGCAUCUCAGUUACUGUUGAACUUCUUUAGUUCCGAUAAUCAGUCAUUUAUCAGGUAACAUGGCAUGAGGCUGACUAUGGAUUAUAGAAGUCUAAAAGUGGUUGAAGUGCUGAAACAUGGUCAUCAAGCCUUACCAUAAGUAUUUAAUGAUGCUUGAAGUUUUCUAAUGCUUCAAAAUCCAUUAACACAUACAUCUUUUUUUAUAAUCAAACAGAUAUAUUCAAGCAGAAGCAUUCCCUCUGCAAAACAUGCCAUUUACCACCUGCUUCUUUUAGAAAUACAAAUAGUUUGGAAAUAUGUUAAAAAGGUAUAUCAAAUUAUGCUACUAGUGUCUGUGUAAUAAGCCAUGCAUCAAUGUAGCCCAGUUAGUUUGUGCUUGCUUCAAACAUGCAGCCAUGUGCUGUAGAGUUUCCUAUGUUUGCUUUUUAAAUUCCUUUGCAUAUGAUUGGAC